GGCCUUUGUUUGGACGCCGCCUGUUGCUGUAGGGUUAGUUGGUCAUGUUUAGCUGAGGUCCGAAGGUCGCCCGCAGUUUUUGUGGCCUUGCUGGCGUGUAUCGGGUCCACAGUCAAUACCUUUUGUCUUUGAGCCAUGAAGGACAUGGAUAAAGAAGGGCUUUCUUGAAGGAUAGGAGGUCAGUGGUGAGUUAGAAAUUUAGGAAAUGCCAUUUGACAUCAGAUAUCGGCAGUGAGCACUAGUGGAAACAAUUGUACUUGGCGGGAGCUUGUGAUGGAUCCUGAUAGCAACCCAGCAGAGGUGUCAAUUGUAUCCCGAAAGCUCAGUGCACAGACGAACUCUAUCGUGACCACUGACCUGGUACAUUCAGUCCAGACCGCCAGUAUCACUGCCGUUGCUGAUCUCAUACAUAGCAAUUCAACCAUUUGCCCUAUUCAAACGGCGAUCUUUGGCGAGUCAGAUCACAGUUGUGAGGUCAUGGCCAAAAGGUCCGACAGCGUGAAUUCGUCCAAAAUGGCCACCAGUGAAGAUGUAACCCCGGAUAGGGAGCUAGUCAGUGUCACCCAAGAUCCCGUGGAUAACCCUCAACUUGAACUUGUGUGUCGAGAUGUGUGCGAUAACGGAGACCAAAUGGAAAAUGAGACGCCCAAUGACGAUCAAGGAGACGCCUUGGGAUUCGGGAGGAGCAAAGCUAGCCGUGGUCCUAAGAAUGUGGCCCGAAUGCCGACGGAAAAGGACUCUGAGAUCUACAAUAUGAACCACAAACGUCGGGGAGUGGCGUUCAUAUUCAAUCAUAUGCACUUUGAUCCCAGGCUACAGCUAAAAGAACGUAAUGGAACCCACGCCGAUGCUGAAAAUCUAAAGAGGACCUUGCGUCAAUUGGGUUUCGAAGUUCGUCCGUUCAACGAUCUCCCAUUCCGCGAUAUUGAGCGACUUCUGGAAGAAUGUGCCUUAGAGAACCACGAUGACGCUGAUUGCAUUUGGGUCUCCGUUCUUAGUCAUGGUGAAAUGGGAAUUCUAUAUGCUAGCGAUCAUGCUUAUAAGCCAGAUCGUUUAUGGUCUCACUUUAAUGCCGAGCGAUGCCCCAGCUUGGCGGGCAAGCCCAAGAUGUUCUUCAUACAAGCUUGUCAGGGAGAUCAGUUGGAUGGAGGGAUCCGUUUGGAGAAGUGUUCUACCACCGAGAUAGAUUCCAGUGCCUUGAGCUAUAAGAUUCCUUCCCAUGCAGACUUCUUGAUCGCUUACAGUACCAUUCCAGGCUUCUAUUCUUGGCGAAACACCACGGCUGGGUCUUGGUUUGUUCAAGCUUUGUGCGAGAUUCUGUUGAAUGAGUCCCAUGCCAAAGAUCUGUUGUCCAUUUUGACCCGUGUGGCCAGGAAAGUAGCCUUCGAUUUCCAAUCAAACACUCCUGGAUCGCCUUCUAUGCAUGAAAGAAAACAGAUUCCUUGCAUCACGUCCAUGUUGACUAGGGAUAUCUAUUUCGCCAGGAAGGUUGCUUAUGAUUUUUAGAUGCUGCCAUUACAUUUGUAUAAUGUUCGGUUUUCAUACCCAAUGAAUUCACGCUGUUUUUUUCGUUACCCAAAAAGAAGAGCCAGCUGACCGCAUAACGAGGAUCCCUCUUGCCUUAUGUAUUUUUCGUACUAGAAUAAAGAAGUGAUGAUUUUUUA